AUGAUGAAUGCAUGUUUUUCGGCCCUACUUUAUUAGAAUUGGGCAAAGAAGAAUAUGAAAAUAGAAUGCACGUCUUGUGUUUAUCUAUUGGAAACGAAUCUGGACUUGGAAAAAUUCGAAAAAAAGAACUCGAAGCUAGUUGUACUUCUUUAGGAAUUGAUGUCAAAUUUGUCAGGAGUUUGGAUCAUCCUGAAUUACAAGAUGGCCCAAAAAAUGGUUGGAAUCCAGUUUUAAUCUCAUCUAUCAUUGAAGAAUACGUUGAAAAGCAUGGAAUUGAUGUUGUUAUUACAUUCGAUGACAAAGGAAUUUCAGGGCAUCCAAACCAUUCAGCUGCAUAUAAUGAAAAUACUUCUUAUGAACCAAAUUUUCAUGAUAAAAUUAAUAAAAAAAACGAAGAGAUAAUUGAAAAGGAAGAAAAUUUAUUGAAUCUUCCUAAUUCUCUUCUCUUUGUAUCUACAUUACAACAAUUUAUCCGAUCAAGAAAAUCUAUGAAAUGUCACAAAUCUCAAUUAGUUUGGUUUAGAUAUUUGUAUAUUUUCUUUUCCAGAUAUAUGGUUAUCAAUCAUCUAGAAAAGGUAGAAUAG